AAAAGAUUCCUAAAAACUGACUUCCUUUUAACUCUCUCUCUCUCUCUCUCUCUCUCUCUCUCUCUCUCUGCAACAUAUUUACAACAGAGUUUCGUUGCAACUUGUACUGUACAACUCACCGGAAUCUUCACGGUUAUCACACCGUUACAAUUUCUCAAAACUUAAUGCACGACGGACGAACGCCGUUAGCGGUUUUCUAACCCUAGCUCACUGGUUUAACCGUUGAUGAUGAGCUUAGGUUAAGCCAUGGGCUGUGUGCUCGGAGCUUCAGAUCGCCGGUCAAACUCAAACGUCCGCCACCGGAGUGCCGAAGAAUCCACCACCGCUUCUCAUACGCAACCGGAUGCUCCGUCGGAUAACGUUGAGAAGAGGAUCAGACAAAUCUCCGGCGAUGUUCGUCCGUCUAACCGCGGGAAACUGAAGCUCGAGUAUAGCCUCCACACCGCUCCGUCGUGGCCGGAGUGGCUCUCCGCCGUCGCCGGUGACGCCAUUCAGGAUUGGACUCCUCGUCGUGCUAAUACCUUCGAGAAACUCGAUAAGAUAGGGCAAGGGACGUAUAGCAAUGUGUAUAAGGCUAGGGAUUUGAUAACUGGUAAAAUAGUUGCUUUGAAGAAAGUUAGGGUUGAUACAUUAGAGCCUGAGAAUGUUAAGUUUAUGGCGAGAGAGAUUUUGAUACUGAAGAAGCUUAAUCAUCCGAAUAUUAUAAAGCUUGAAGGAUUGGUUACAUCUAGAAUGUCUUCCAGUCUUUACCUUGUGUUUGAAUACAUGGAGCAUGAUCUUUCUGGUCUUGCUGCUGUUCAAGGUCUCAAAUUCACAGAGCCUCAGAUCAAGUGUUUCAUCAAACAGUUACUUUCUGGGCUUGAACAUUGCCAUAAGAACGGUGUGUUACACCGAGAUAUCAAGGGAUCUAAUUUGCUGAUUGACGAUGAUGGUGUUCUUAAAAUAGCGGAUUUUGGAUUAGCGUCUUUUUAUGAUCCGCAAAACAAGCAGCCCAUGACUAGCCGUGUUGUUACUCUCUGGUACCGACCCCCCGAGCUGCUUCUCGGGGCCACAAAUUAUGGUGUUGGAGUUGAUAUGUGGAGUGCUGGUUGCAUUUUGGCUGAACUCCUUGCUGGCAAACCAAUAAUGCCGGGUCGCACAGAGGUUGAACAGUUACACAAGAUAUUUAAAUUAUGUGGCUCACCAUCAGAGGAAUAUUGGAAGAGGCAUCGUUUGCCAAAUGCGACUUUAUUUAAGCCACGUCAGCCAUACAAGCGUUGUACAGCAGAAGUGUUUAAAGAGUUUCCAUCUUCUUCUCUUCCUUUAUUAGAGAGUCUUCUUGCAAUUGAUCCUGAUGAGCGCAGCUCUGCUGUUGCAUCCCUUAACAGUGAUUUCUUCACCACUGAACCUUAUGCUUGUGAGCCCUCAGAAUUACCAAAAUACCCUCCCAGCAAAGAACUAGAUGUCAAAUUGAGGGAUGAAGAAGCCAGAAGACGAAGAGGUUUGACCGGAAAAUCUCAUGCCGUUGACGGAAAUAAAAAACCAAGAACCCGUGAUCGUGUGGGUCAGGCAGUUCCAGCCCCAGAGGCGAAUGCAGAGAUCCAAUCCAACUUAGACAGAUGGAGAGUUAUAAAUCAAUCGAACGCGAAAAGCAAGAGCGAGAAAUUCCCUCCUCCUCAUCGGGAUGCAGCUGUGGGGCAUCCGCUUGAUCCGUCACAUAAUGGCGGGCAGGUUUCUUUCGGUGCGGGUGAUGACAUAUCGUUUAGCUCAUCUGUGGUUGAUGCAAAAGCUUCAAAAUCAGUCGGUGAAGUUGGGAGCAUUGGUGGCCCGUCUAAGAGGAAUCAUAAAAGGGAACGAUCACAAACGGCGUCAACUCGUAAGUUCAUACGGGCCUUUUUUCCGACUUCCAUUAGUCUAAAUAUGGAUUUGAGAUUCAAAAGUAAAGAAGCGGUUUUGCGCAAUCGAAGGUAGAUAAAUGAUAAAAAAAAGAAGGAAAUAAAUGGAGAUUAAGUUGAUAUUUUUGCAUUAGAUAUUUGAUACGUGUUUCUUGAAUGCAACGUGUAAUUCUUUUUUUGUACAGAGUA